ACAUAGGAAAGAGGAACGAUGGGAAUCUUUUAGCUGUUAACGCGUCGGUAAAUAAAUACCAAGUUUCUUCGAAGAGUUUUCUUCUGCGAUCUUCAUCUUUUUUCUUUUUAUUUAUUUAUUUAUUUUUGACUUCUUUGGAUCGGUCGAUUGCCAUAUCGAUCGGUCCUUCUAUCUCUUCAAUAUCUCUUUGAAGGAAUCGGAGUUUCGGAGGUCUAGGAAAAGAAAUGGCAGGUGGGUUUGGGGAAUCAGCGAGCCAUUCUCCCCACAAUCCAUCUUGCUCCACCAGUAAUGCUAAUGGUGAUGCUGGUGAUUUUGAGUGCAAUAUUUGCUUUGACUUAGCUCAAGACCCUAUUGUCACUUUAUGUGGGCAUCUUUUCUGCUGGCCUUGCCUUUACAAAUGGCUUCAUAUUCAUUCCCGUUCUCAGGAAUGUCCUGUUUGUAAAGCCCUUGUUGAGGAACAAAAAUUGGUUCCCUUGUAUGGAAGGGGGAAAUCAUCUACUGAUCCUAGGUCCAAAUCUAUUCCGGGUGUUAAUAUUCCGAAUCGUCCAGCUGGACAGAGACCUGAAACGGCUCCUCCACCACCACCUAUUCAGUUUCCCCAAAAUGGGUUCGGGUUCAUGGGAGGCUUGGGAGGUUUUGCACCAAUGGCAACCGCUCGAUUUGGGAAUUUCACUCUCUCUGCUGCUUUUGGUGGUCUUAUCCCAUCCUUGUUUAACCUUCAGGUCCAUGGAUUUCCUGAUGCGGCUAUGUUUGGUCCAGCUGCUGGUUUUCCAUAUGGCUUUCCAAGUUCAUAUCAUGGUGGCCAUGCUCAUGGAUACCAUCAUCACCACCACCACCAUCAUCAUCGCACCGCACAAGGCCAGCAGGAUCAUUAUCUGAAGAUGCUGUUUCUGUUUAUCAUUGUUUGUGUUAUCUUUGCAAUGAUUUACCAAUAGACCAUAUCUGCUAUCAAAGCAUAAAUUGCUAACUUAUUUUAGGAGUGCCAAUCCGAUAUCUUGUGUAAAUCUAAUAAAUGCAUUUUCAUUUACCUUUUUGUCUUUUACUUAGUGAUUGAGGAAUUUUUUGUAUAGUACUUCCCCUGUUGAUUUUUGGUUCAUCUGUUGGUUCGCCUUUGUAUUUAUGCUUUGGAAUAUCUUUCGCUGUCCUCUAUGGCUGAAAAGCAUCAAUGUGUUUUAGCAACUACAA